CCCGCUUUCUGUAUGACUGUCACAAAGAUGUCCUGGCGACCGCAGUACCGAAGUUCCAAGUUUCGGAACGUCUACGGGAAAGUGGCCAACAGGGAGAACUGCUUUGACGGGAUCCCCAUCACCAAGAAUGUACAUGACAACCACUUCUGUGCAGUCAAUGCCCGCUUCCUGGCCAUAGUCACUGAGAGCGCAGGAGGUGGCUCCUUCCUCGUCAUCCCGCUGGAACAGACAGGCAGAAUCGAGCCAAACUACCCCAAGGUAUGCGGUCAUCAAGGCAGUGUGCUGGACAUCAAAUGGAACCCCUUCAUUGACAACAUUAUCGCCUCUUGCUCCGAGGACACUUCGGUGCGGCUCUGGGAGAUCCCUGACGGCGGGCUGAAACGGAACAUGACCAAAGCUCUGCUGGAGCUCCAUGGACACAGCCGCCGUGUGGGACUGGUUGAGUGGCACCCCACGACCAACAACAUUCUGUUCAGCGCUGGCUAUGACUACAAGAUCCUCAUCUGGAACCUGGACAUAGGCGAGCCAGUGAAAAUGAUUGACUGUCACACCGACGUCAUCCUCUGCAUGUCCUUCAAUACAGACGGCAGCCUGCUCACCACCACAUGCAAGGACAAGAAGCUUCGUGUGAUUGAACCCCGCUCUGGCCGUGUUCUGCAGGAGGCGAACUGCAAAAACCACAGAGUUAACCGGGUCGUCUUCCUGGGCAACAUGAAGCGACUCCUCACAACAGGGGUAUCCAGGUGGAACACGAGACAGAUCGCCCUCUGGGAUCAGGAGGAUCUGUCCAUGCCAAUGAUCGAGGAAGAAAUUGAUGGACUCUCAGGCCUCCUGUUCCCAUUCUAUGAUGCUGACACCCACAUGCUCUACCUGGCUGGAAAGGGGGAUGGAAACAUCCGGUACUAUGAGAUCAGCACGGAGAAGCCCUACCUGAGCUACCUCAUGGAGUUCCGCUCCCCAGCCCCACAGAAAGGCCUAGGUGUCAUGCCUAAGCAUGGGUUGGACGUGUCUGCCUGCGAGGUCUUCCGCUUCUACAAGCUGGUGACGCUCAAGGGCCUGAUUGAACCGAUCUCCAUGAUUGUGCCCCGGAGGUCAGAUUCCUACCAGGAGGACAUUUACCCCAUGACACCAGGCACAGAGCCAGCGCUGACCCCUGAGGAGUGGCUGGGAGGCAUCAACCGAGAUCCCGUGCUGAUAUCUCUGAAGGAAGUCUAUAAGAAAUCUUCAAAAGCGGUAUUUAAGGGCCCCAUCAGAGAAAAGAAGAGCGUGGUCGUCAACAGCAUAGAUUUAUUAGAAAAUGUCCCACCCAGGACAGAGAACGAGCUCCUCAGGAUGUUCUUCAGGCAGCAGGAUGAGAUUCAGAGGCUGAAGAAGGAGCUAGCACAGAAAGACAUUCGGCUCCUUCAACUCCAGCUCGAACUGAAAAACCUGCGCAACAACCCCAAGAACUGCUAGCCCCGCCUCGGACUGUGUUAGCCCCGCCUCGGGCUGUUUUUCAAGCCGAUCUCUCCGUUGUUUCUACUGGUCCCUAAACUGCCUCUUAUCUGUAGAGCCCAGAGACAGGGCCUGGACUGAAGCUGGGGACCAGCUGGAAGACCCUACCUACCACCUCAAAAACUGGAAGCUGACCUUUGAUCUCCUGACUUCAUGCUAACACCAGUUCCCCAGCCUCUCCUGGAAAGCCCAACCCUGACUGGCUAACAGGAAGAGUGGGAUUACAGCCUGAUGUAGAACUUGAAUUUGUCCCCUGCAGAGGGGCUGCCAGGACCUAUCUACACAGGCACCAGUCGCUCCGACCCCAGCAUUACUUCUGAAGCACAGUGAGGGCUGGAUUGAGGGUAGAGCGCUCCGCCCACAUCCUGCCUCAUUGUGCUCCCAGCUGCCCAGCAAGCUCAAGUCAUCUCACCCAAUGGUGAGCACCUGGCAGCCGGCCCUUUUCCUUCUGAACUCUGUCCCACCCCCUUGUCUUCAGGGAAUGAAGAGGACGCUCUAAGGCCAUAAUGACCCUUUGCCUACCCUGCGGUUCUCUUCAAAGCUCUUUUACACCCCCCUUUCCAAUUAAUUUGUGAAGCAGGCAGGGUAGGGAUUAGUGUCCCCACUUGUCAAAUGACAGACCCGAGGGCUGCCAUCAGGAAGCAACUUACAGUCACCCAGAGGGUCAGCGGCAGACCAAGUACCCUUGGUUUCCAGACCCCACGGCCAGGGCCCUCCCUAGUGUAUUGAGAUGCCAAUGCCUUUGUGGGCUUCCCCAGAAUGAGACCUGGAAGCCGCUUCCACUGUCUGCCCAACACCAGUAGUGCCAACAUGCCAUCCUGCCAGGUUGAGGCCCUCACACUCAGUGCCCCUGAGCCUCCUGGCCUGCGAUCCUUGCUCUCACUCCCCGCCAGGGGCUCCAUCUGACAGCGAGGCCUCUUCCUGGAAGCUGGGGCAGAGAAAGGGCGGGGCUUGGCCCUAGGACAGGCAGAGCAAGAUGGCUUCCAGGGAUGCUCUGCCCGGCUCCCUCCACUCCCCGCCCUUCCCACUCCCAACCCUGCUAUCUCAGCCACUGUCAGCCUUACACACACAGGAUGACCACAGCCACUCACCCACACAGCACUUUAAAGUUUACCUAGUUUUUUUUGACACAUAGAGGACACAUAGUGCAUCCGCCGUACUUUACAGUGAAGGAAACCGGGAAGUGGCCCCUCUGCACGCAGUUCUGGGAUGCUGCAUCUCCUUUGAUCUUCUACACGCUUGCUUUAUCCUCCCUCUCCUCCCUCUUCCCAUUCCCCGCCUAACAUGGAGCGCAAAAGCACUGGUGUCAGGACAGUCACCGCUGUUUAGACAGAGGAGAUAUGGGGAUCUCUGUCAUCGGCUGGGGUCUGCUAUACAUAGGAUACUCUUUGCCUGCCCUUCCCGUGGCCACCCUACAAAACUUCCCAACCGCAGAGGCCAUUCUGGGGAGCUGAGGUGAGAUUCCCCAGCCAUGGAGCCUCUCCCCUCCACCACCGAUGCUCCCUGCUCCCAGCGUGCUGAAGCAAGUUCUCCUCCUGCACCACCAUAGCUAGAUCGUCUGUCAACUCUCAUCUCCCCUCUACACUUCUGGAGCUUUCUUUCUCUCCAUUGACCUUUGUGGUCUUCUGUGAUUAUUUAUGCUGCCUCCCAAGGAUAGAAUUGAAAUAAAAUGUUUUCAAGUUAUCAAGCCAA